AUGUCGGAUUUACUCAAACAAGCGGAAAAUCGCUUGAACAAAAGCGGGUUCAUGAAUUUAUUCUCCUCGUCCUCAAAGUACGAAGACGCGGCGGAGUUAUACGAGAAAGCCGCGAUACAGUUUAAACUCUCAAAAAACUGGUUGGAAGCAGGAGAGACGUACGAGAAAUUGACGGAAAUGUAUGCUCAAAUCGGAUCGAAUCACGAAGUCGCGAUGAACUUUGUGGAAAGCGGUAACUGUUACAAGAAGUGCGAUCUGAAGAAAUCAAUCGAGAUGUUCAAGAAAGCGGCGAAGAAAUUUAGCGAGAUUGGUCGUUUAUCGAUCGCGGCGAAACAUUUGAAAGAAGUCGGCGAUAUGCUGGAAAAAGAGAAGAAAUUAGAGGAGAGUUUGGAGGCGUUUACGGCAGCCGCGGAUCUCUAUUUAGGAGAGAACACGGAGAGCACGGCGAACCAGUGUAAAUUAAGAGUCGCGUCGCUCGCCGGUCAGUUGGAGCGAUACGACAUGGCCGUCGAAACUUUCGAAGACUGCGCGAAACACGCGGCGGAGAAUAACUUGUUGAAAUAUAGCGCGAAAGGGUACUUGUUAAACGCGGGAAUCUGUCGAUUGUGCGCGGCAGACCCGGUUGGGGUUUUAAACGCCUGCCAAAGAUACAACGACAUCGACCCAACCUUUCCAAAUUCUCGAGAAGAACAGUUGUUGAAAGAUUUGGCCAACGCGAGCGAAGCCGGAGACCAAGACGCGUUCGCCAACGCCUUGGGACAAUUCGACGAUAUCUCUCGCUUAGACAGUUGGAAGACGACGUUGUUGCUGAGAGCGAAGAAAAAAAUCACAGCCGGUGGUGGGUUGUUAGGCGACGAGGAUGAUUUGACUUGA